AGUCGGGGAGGCGAGGCCGCAGAGGCGGAGGGAUCUGCGCAUCAAAGCGAGCGAGGCGAGCAAAGUUUGGCUGGGGGUUGGACUUUCCUUCUCGGAGGCGGCACCCAAACAGCUACCCCGUGCGGAAACCCAAACUUUCUGUUGCCACUGCGAGCCUCGCGGCCUCCGCCUCCACCCCACGCCCGGGGCCUUCCCCGAUCCAGCGCCACUGCCGCCCGCCUAGCUCGUCCGCCGGAUCGUCCUUCUCCAGCCCGUGAGAGCCGCUCAGCGCGCAGAGGCCGCGCGUCGAGCCCCAGCAGGCUUGCAGCGCCGCGGCCUGGCGCCCGGCGCCAGGGGGCAAGUUGGCCCGAGUUGAGGCGAAGUUUGGGGCGGCCGCAGCCGGCUUCGCUCGCGCUCCCGGCUUUGCGCCCCUCGGUGUCCUGCCGAGUCUUGCCCCGCCAGGGGCGCCUCCUCGCUGUCCUCGUGCCCUCCCCAGCCAUGUCGUCCAUCCUGCCUUUCACCCCACCGAUCGUGAAACGCCUGCUGGGCUGGAAGAAGGGUGAACAGAACGGGCAGGAGGAGAAGUGGUGCGAGAAGGCGGUCAAGAGCUUGGUCAAGAAGCUGAAGAAGACGGGACAGCUGGAUGAGCUGGAGAAGGCCAUCACCACGCAGAACGUCAACACCAAGUGCAUCACCAUCCCCAGUACCUGCCCUCAGCUGCCUGGGUUGAGCUUCCCAUGUGUGGCGGAGCAGUGGAAUACUACUGGCCUGUAUGCCAUCUCUUUAUCUCGCAGGUCCCUGGAUGGCCGGCUACAGGUGUCCCAUCGGAAGGGGCUGCCCCACGUCAUCUACUGCCGCCUUUGGCGAUGGCCAGAUCUGCACAGCCACCAUGAACUGCGGGCCAUGGAGCUGUGUGAGUUUGCCUUUAAUAUGAAGAAGGACGAAGUCUGCGUGAAUCCCUACCACUAUCAGAGAGUGGAGACGCCAGUUCUACCUCCCGUGCUGGUGCCUCGCCACGCUGAGAUCCCGGCCGAGUUCCCUCCGCUGGAUGACUACAGCCAUUCCAUCCCUGAGAACACCAACUUCCCUGCAGGCAUAGAGCCCCAGAGCAAUAUCCCAGAGACCCCGCCCCCUGGCUACCUGAGUGAAGAUGGAGAGACCAGCGACCACCAGAUGAACCACAGCAUGGACGCAGGUUCUCCAAACCUGUCCCCGAAUCCGAUGUCCCCAGCGCACAAUAACUUGGACCUGCAGCCCGUCACCUACUGUGAGCCAGCCUUCUGGUGCUCCAUCUCUUACUAUGAGCUGAACCAGCGUGUCGGGGAGACGUUCCACGCCUCGCAGCCCUCCAUGACUGUGGACGGUUUCACCGACCCCUCCAACUCGGAGCGUUUCUGCCUGGGGCUGCUGUCCAAUGUGAACCGGAAUGCGGCGGUGGAGCUCACACGGAGGCACAUCGGGCGGGGCGUGCGGCUCUACUACAUUGGUGGAGAGGUCUUCGCCGAGUGCCUGAGUGACAGCGCCAUCUUCGUCCAGUCUCCCAACUGUAACCAGCGCUAUGGCUGGCACCCAGCUACUGUCUGCAAGAUCCCACCAGGGUGCAACCUGAAGAUUUUCAACAACCAGGAGUUUGCCGCCCUCCUGGCUCAGUCGGUCAACCAGGGCUUCGAGGCUGUCUACCAGCUGACCCGCAUGUGUACCAUCCGCAUGAGUUUUGUCAAGGGCUGGGGAGCCGAGUACAGGAGACAGACCGUGACCAGCACUCCCUGCUGGAUCGAGCUGCACCUGAAUGGGCCUCUGCAGUGGCUGGACAAGGUCCUCACCCAGAUGGGCUCCCCCAGCAUCCGCUGCUCCAGUGUGUCCUAAAGACGCUGGGGCAAGGGGAGGGGAAGGGGUUGCGCCAGGACAGCGCCCGUGUGGAGGUCAAGAAAACUCAGAACUCUGAUCCAUCCGUCAAUCGUUGUCAAGGAUGGACUUUUUGGUCUUCAGGUUGCACCAGCCUGUUUCCCGAAAUACAGAGAUGAGCCGAGGUGACCUGCUCAUGAAUAAGUGCCAUCGUGUCCACUGAACUCACUGCCCUGCGGCCUGGCUUGAAGGAUGAGGCUGGCUUCUGUUUGGACAGGGGAGGGGGGGCAUUGAGUAUGUAGGUGGCUUUUUGCCACCUGCCCAUCCCCUGCCACUUCCUUUUCUUUAUGUCAGUGAUGUGAUUGUCACAGUUCAGCAGGAAGUGCUCCUCAGAAGAUUGUUGCUAGGAAGCGGGCAAAGCCUUGUGGUGAGGAGGUGGUGUGAGAAAUGGGCAGGCUGUCUGCCUCUUUCCCAGUGCUCUAGAUCAACUGGGCUCUCCCAGCUGGGCACCCCCAUCCUGCAGACCCUGUUCCUCCUAAGCAGGGCUGAUCUGAGAUUGCAGAGGGGGCUCGUCCAGCUCCCUCAGCUCUUAGGAUGACGGGUGAUGUGUUUAGUAAUACCGCACACACGAUGGUGGGCCAAGUUGGGGAAUGACAUCUUCUCCUUGAAGAAAUUCUCUUCCAUGUGUCCUUUUUCACUUGGAAAAGCUGGAAGGAUCUACUGACGCUUGGUGCAUAUGCAAUGUAUGGUUUCUACGAUUGCAUUAAUCUCAACGAGAUGUGAAUGACGUCAAGUGUGUGGAGCAGGCGAUGUUGGGGGCUGAGAUGGCCCUGCCCUGUGUCUGCCAUCAUCAGGAACAGAGUGUGUGCUGUGUCCUGAUGCACACAGCUGCAUUGGUCCAUGCAAUCCAUCGCAUUGAUUUGACCCACUUUAUUGUAUGCCCUUUGAAAUGUGUUUCAUAUUAAGAAAAAUUAAACGGGAAACCAUGGGGGUUUCUAGGUCCCAACAAAUGCUGUCCCAAGAAGCGUCUCCAGGCCCAAUAGAGGAGGCACCUGUCUGCAUUUCUGGAAGCUGACAUUUACAAGAGCAAAUGCACCAAAGCAGUUGAGGGGGAACAUCUUGGACCAACACAGGCCAAGGCAAAGGGCUGUUAGAGUUGCUUCUCGCUACCGGGGACUGCAGGUUCCAUGCCAGGUCUGUCCUUUCUGGCCAUCUAGCUCCCUGCAGAGGAUCCUCUCAGUGUCAGCCUUGGUGGUGAGGCUGUGAAAGUGCUGCUCCCGGUGGCUCCCCUCCACGAGCAUCCAUUAUUUCAACUGGAAAAAAUAAAGAGAGCCUCUUCUUUUGCAGAAUGCGGCAGACACAAUUGUCACCUGCAGUUGGUACCUUUUACUUUGCUGCUGUUUUUUGUUUGUUUGUUUUUAAAUGAAAUGAUGUAUCCCAUAUUCUUGCAUGGAUUUAUACCAGGAAAAAAAUUAACAGGGAUUUCCUGUGGAAGUCCUGUCUUACUUAACUCCAGGUGAAGGAAGUGUGGACUUUGGGCAGGCGCUGAGCCUCCACUGUGAUAAGACUUCUGAUGUUUCUGUGAGGUUGCUGGGGGUCUCCCCAUGCUGGAUCCUGUGUCCCAGGAGAGCUUGCCUUGAGCUUUCCAGGCUGGACAGCCACUCCAAAGUGCUCCCUUUCUCCACACCCAGGGACAAGGACACAGCAGGAACACCUAGCCAUCUUCUCAUGGAACUCAAGACUCCACUUCCUUGGAGGAGGCUGAUGUGUGCGCCUGGCAUGACAUGAUCUGUGGACACAGGAAGACCCCUUCACCCCCAAACCACCUGCUUGUGUGUUUUGUGCUCCCAUUUGGCACCCAGGACACGAGUGUUCCACUCUGACAAGUGGGGCAGCUGUGGCAUUCUCCUGGAAGCCGUGGGCAGUGACUUCCGAGGGUCGGAAGUCUGCUGCUGAUGCCAUCCCAUGAGGGCUUCUGGCAGUGCACAGCCGUCCUUCCUUCAGGCGCGGCCCAGUUCUGUCCUGUCCAUCCUAUGGUCACACCUGGCUGCAUGUGGGUGAUGUCUUAGAACCCUCAGUGCUCAGAGCAGAAGGCUACUUGCUAGGAGGUAGGAGUGUUGCGUUUUCUGACCCUUGUCUUUGUUGGGUAGCCCCCCAUCUCCCGGGGGGAGGAGGGUGUGUGGCAUUGCUGGCAGGCCAAUCGUGAGCAAUGCUGCAGAAUUGGCCACAUUCAGACGUUAGCAUGUGGGGUUGUCACCAAAGCCUUGUGUGGGUGCUUUGGACACGUGUAACAACUGUCCCUUCCUUUAAGCCAUCAAGCUUGUUAGUUUUAAAAUCGUGUUGUAUGAAAGACAUUGAUAUUUGCGAAGGACAGCUGACAGGGGCAGGAGGGAACCAGAGCAGUUUCAGAGGUGGGCACUAGAUAGUAGCUGGCCCUGGCAGCCCGGCCGUGUUUGUUGUCCUCUGGCACCUGUCCCAGGUUCCCUGCCAUGAUGGCUUCACACAGGGACUGGUGCUGACACGGAGCCCUGGUCUUUAGCACUCUCAAGGAGCCAACUUUUAUCCCCUUUGCUCCCUCAAAACACCCCCCUUCUCUCCAGCCCUUUAUUUAGUAACGUAGAUCUUCCCAGCGCAUGUGUAGGUUAGCCACCCUGGCUGGUUUGGGUUUCAAGCCUGUGUUGGCACAUCAUCUCGGUUGGCCACCUUCCUGGCAGACUGCAAAGGACCUGAUGUUUGAGAUGAGCCUGGAGCCGCUGGUGGGGACUUGGGAUUUCUCUUGGGACGAGCACAUGUGAGGGCCAGGCUGCCAGCAGACUGUUCUGUUGCCCUGAUGUCAUCAGUGUUGUGUUUACUGAUCAUGGUAAUUUCUUUUGUAAAUCAUUGUGAACUCUGAAGUGAGCCCAUAGCACACAGCGUGUGCUUAGUUUUUCUCCACUGCCCCUUGACUUCCUCGAGUUUGGCUGUAUUCCAGGGUUCAAGGCUUUCACUCACACCAUUGAAUUUUUUCAAGUGGGGUGUGUGUGUGUGUGUGUGUGUGUGUGUGUGUGUGUGAGAGCGCAGGCAUGUGCAUGCAUGCCUGGCGAGCAUGGACUGGAGUGGUGUGGGGAGAUGAUUGUCAUGCUUGGCCCCAAGCUGCUAUUGCUGCAGCACAACUCCCAAGGGGUGGCUCUCUUUAGUCCUGGAGAGGAGAUGCUGGGGAGGGAGCCAGCAGGUUGCCUGCAAGGACUGCUGACAGCAGGGGCUGCCCAGAGCAAGGCAGGCUAUGGGUUUAGGUUGAGGUCCUGUUCCUUACUGUAUGCCUUGAAGUUGGGAAUUCUAACAUGACACAUGUCCUCAGCAAGGAAACUUCAACUGACACAGCUGAGUUAGACCACAGUGGAAGGUCUCACCCCCAGCCCCCCAACCCCAGCAGCAGCCUCAACCUGGUGGGGGGAAACAGAGAAAUACCCAAAAGACCUGGAGAAAAAACAGCGAGGCAUCCAGGAAGGGAGUGGUGUGCCAUCCAGCUACUGCACAGGCCAGACUGGAGUGAGAAAUCCUGUCACUGCAUCUUUUAUAAAGUUCCCAAGUGAUGAAUACUCCAGUACUCAGAGGAGUGACAUUUUCUUAAAAUGACUCAGACAACUAUGUAAGUUUCUUAGAGCAAGUUGCAGGGGUGCCCCCUCAUGAGGGCAGCAGCCGUGAGUUGAGCAUGGCCCUUUGGGGGUGUUGGUAGGUUGGGAGAGCAGCCAGAAACUCCCCCUGAAGUUAAACACGGGGCAGUGUGGAGUCCUGCCCAUGCCCCCCACAGGGUUCUGUGAGCCAAGCCCCACUCCCUUGCCAGGGGCUGCAAGCUGCACAAUGUGCCAGGCCAUCCACAUCCCAGGAGCCUUCACUAGCUUUGGUUGCUGCAGCUGCCAAACUGGGUGGUUUUGGACUGUGCUGGGGUGUGCCAGGGGAAGGGGCGGGCAGGGUGCAGGUGACCCUUGCUCUUCAGGCAGCCUGACCUUUUCAAGUCUUUUGUAAAAAGCAUGUAUGUAUUUAUAGUAUUUUAGAUUUUUCUAACUUUUGUAUCCUAAAAGUAGAGCACCUGUUUGUUUAAGCAUUGUACCCCUUCUUGUUAAAGAUAUGUCUUCUGCCCUCCUCUUCCUCUUGUUGGUGCCCUUUUAAUAAACUAUUCUCAUUGAAAAGCU